UACUGCGCUACGCUACGCUACGCUACGCACACACAAAUAACAAUUCCUUUGUCUCUUUCUCUUUUCUCUUUUCUCUUUCUUCCUGCGUUAAAGUUGCAACUCCUCUGUUCCUUCAAUUGUUCAAAUCCCGAAAUUAUCAUUAACCUUGCUGCAAAUUGCGCACACGAUUCUUUGCUUUCCUUCGAAACUCUCCCAAAUCCCACUCUCUCUCUCUCUCUCUCUCAUAAAUUCGCCACCUUUUAUUUUGCGUAACUGCUCUGCACCUUAGUCUUCUCUCUCCAUUCUCCAACUCCAUUUCUUCGAUCUGGAGCUCUCCGCUUUCAAAGCUGUCAAAUUUCCGAUUCGGGAUGGACAAAUACGAGCUCGUCAAGGAUAUAGGAUCUGGGAAUUUCGGUGUGGCCAGGCUCAUGCGUCACAAAGACACCAAGGAGCUUGUUGCCAUGAAAUACAUUGAACGGGGUCACAAGAUUGAUGAGAAUGUUGCGAGGGAAAUCAUAAACCAUAGAAGUCUUCGGCACCCUAAUAUUAUUCGGUUCAAGGAGGUGGUUCUGACUCCAACACAUCUGGGUAUUGUUAUGGAGUAUGCAGCUGGUGGAGAGCUCUUUGAGAGGAUUUGCAGUGCUGGAAGAUUCAGCGAAGAUGAGGCUCGAUAUUUCUUCCAGCAGCUCAUCUCAGGAGUUAGCUACUGUCAUUCCAUGCAAAUCUGCCAUCGAGACUUGAAGCUGGAGAACACCUUAUUGGAUGGCAGCCCUGCCCCACGGCUCAAAAUUUGUGAUUUUGGUUAUUCUAAGUCAUCUCUGCUUCAUUCUAGGCCUAAGUCAACGGUGGGAACCCCAGCCUACAUUGCACCAGAGGUUCUUUCACGUAGAGAAUAUGAUGGAAAGUUAGCAGAUGUAUGGUCCUGUGGAGUGACUCUUUAUGUAAUGCUGGUGGGAGCAUACCCAUUUGAAGACCAAGACGAUCCCAAAAAUUUCAGGAAAACCAUCAAUCGAAUUAUGGCUGUUCAAUACAAGAUCCCAGACUAUGUUCACAUAUCUCAAGACUGUAGACAUCUUCUAUCUCGCAUUUUUGUGGCAAAUCCAGCUAGGAGAAUCACCAUUAAGGAAAUCAAGUCCCAUCCAUGGUUUUUAAAGAACUUGCCCAGGGAAUUAACAGAAGUAGCUCAAGCUGCCUACUACAGAAAAGAAAACCCAACCUUUUCUCUUCAGAGUAUAGAGGGCAUCAUGAAUAUUGUUGAGGAGGCCAAGACUCCACCUCCAGCAUCCAGGUCAAUUGGAGGAUUUGGCUGGGGAGGGGAAGAAGAAGAGGAUGAAACAAAAGAAGAGGAGGAUGAAACAAAAGAAGAAGCAGUGACCGAGGCUGAAGAAGAUGAGUACGAAAAGAGAGUCAAGGAAGCACAGGCAAGUGGGGAAUUUCAUGUCAGUUAAAAAGUGUUUAUUCUUAGAUAGAGCAAUAGAUUCUUGGUUUCCUUUGCACUUGGCUAAGUUCUACUAAGGUGAGUGUGUUGUGCUCGUAUGUAUAAAAUUUAGGUUUUCCACAUGGGACAUUUAGUUUGAUAAAUGACUGUACAUUUUUUUAAGGUUGUGUUUGGUUGUUAAUUAUGAUCAUAUUAUAAGUAUUAACCUGACCUUUUUGCUCUCUA